CUACCCGGAAGCAUUUAGUGCGACACAAGAGAUUAAUGGCCGCAGUCAAUGUACGGACCCCCUCUCAUUGUUUACAUUUCAAAACAGUAUGUCCACCGUGUUUUUGAGGCUGUCAUCGAUACGGACUCUAGUCUAACACUGCGAUAAUGAUGAACAUCGCUGAAUGGACGAGAACAGGUUCUCAGUGAGAGAGAAUCAAGUCGACCAGGGGCGAACUAGCCCCGUGUGCUAACGUUAACGAACCCAGCUCCAUCUUUCCCGUGUCGCCCGCUGCUCCAAAGAUGGCAAGUUAGUCUUCACUUUCCUCCUUCUCGGAUCUCAAGGACAACCAUAUGACUGAAGGGGCAUAGCGCCAGUCCAUCCUCAAUGCCUAGGAUAAAUGCUAAAUUCUCCAUUUGAGGAAAAUCGCUCGGUGCACAAUGUUUAGUAUACCGCAAAGCUCUAAGUCCGAGUUCCUGGACAAAGCCAGGCAGGCCAGGGAGGAAAGGAGAGGACAGAAGGACAAGGAGAAGUCCGCCAUCCUCAUCCAAGCCCUGGUCAGAAGAUUCCUCUGCCGCUGCAGACUCCAGAAGCAAAUACGGAAAGAGGUUGAUGACUAUUUUCAAGCUUCUGAAACUGGGACAUCAAAAAGAAAUGCACUUUCAAUUUUCAAAAUCACUAGAAAACUACUUUUUGUGUAUCGUCUAGAGGAUAAGAUGAGGUUUGAGAAGCUCUGUCGUGCAAUCCUUGCCAGCAUGGAGGUUGAAAAUGAACCUAAAGUCUGGUAUGUUUCCUUGGCUCUCUCCAAAGACCUUACCAUUCCCUGGCUGAAACAAAUAAAAGAUGUGUUGUGGACCUGCUGCCAACUACUGAAAAAUUUAAAGCCCGACAUACUUCAGGACAAUAAAUUGGUCACGCUUUACCUCACCAUGCUGGUGACCUUCACGGACACUUUAACCUGGCGUAUAGUCAGAGGGAAGGGAGAAGCUCUCAGACCGGCUUUGACCAGGAUUUGUGAGAAUAUCAUGGGCCAUCUAAAUCAAAAGGGAUUCUAUUCAAUGCUGCAGAUCUUGCUGACUAAUGGCUUGGCUCGUUCAAAACCGUCUCUCUCCCAAGGCACUCUAACAGCGGUCUUCUCUUUGUCACUGAGGCCAGUCAUUGCUGCUCACUUCUCUGAUAACCUACUAAGAUCAUUCCUCCUUCACAUCAUGUCGGUUCCCGCCGUCGUAUCUCACCUCAGCGUGCUUACUCCAGAGUGUAUGGCGUCGAUUCAGACACAUGACCUGCUGCGUAAGUUCAUUCUGUUUCUCAGCCGGGAAGAACAGUGUUUGGACAUCUGUGUGUGUCUCGAGGGAAGCCACACACUCUGCUUACUAGGCAACCUGAUUCACUUGGGGUUCCUUACUCAGAAAGUCCUCGAAGAGGAGGCCAAUCAUUUUGUGAAGGACCUGACUGACAUGCUGUCCUACUGCCAGAGAUAUGUAUCCCAAAAGAAGUCCAACCUCACCCACUGGCACCCUGUUCUCGGCUGGUUCUCCCAGACUGUAGAUUACGGUCUGAAUGAGUCAAUGCCGCUGGUCACUAAACAGCUUCAGUACCUGUGGGGUGUUUCUGUCAUUCGGACGCUCUUCAGUGACGUCCUCUCUAAAAAGCUGGAGAGUUUGGAGCCGACUCCUCCGCCACCGCAGCCUAGCACCUCACAAAACAAUCUACCAGUUAAAAACCUCUUCAAGCGUGCAUUCCAGAAGUCGGCGUCUGUACGGAACAUACUGAAACCCGUUGGAGGCAAGCGGGUGGAUUCAGCUGAAGUUCAGAAGGUUUGCAGCAUCUGUGUUCUCUACCAGACUGCUUUGUCAACACUAACGCAGAUACGACUCCAGAUACUUACCGGUCUGACGCAUCUUGAUGACCUUUUGCCCAAACUUUGGGCCUUCAUCUGUGAGCUUGGCCCUCAGGGAGGCCUCAAACUCUUCAUGGAGUGUCUGAACAACGACACUGAAGAGUCCAAGCAGCUCCUGGCUAUGCUCAUGCUCUUUUGUGACUGCUCACGGCACCUCAUCACAAUUCUGGAUGACAUUGAAGUCUAUGAAGAACAAACAUCUUUCAAGACCGAAGAACUCAUCACCAUCUCUUCAUUUCUGAACACAUUUGUGUUCAAGAUGGUAUGGGAUGGCAUCUUGGAAAAUGCGAAGGGAGAGAAACUGGAGUUGUUCCACAGUGUUCAUGGCUGGUUGAUGGUGCUUUACGAGCGGGACUGCAGGCGCCGAUUCUCUCCUGAUGAACACUGGCUACGCAAGGACUUAAAGCCCAGCCUUUUGUUCCAAGAGCUGGAGAAAGGCAAGAAAAGAGCCCAGCUUCUACUGCAAUACAUCCCACAUGUCAUCCCACAUAAAAACAGGGUGCUGCUGUUCAGGAACAUCGUUACCAAGGAGAAAGAGAGUUUAGGAUUGAUAGAAACGAGCUCUGCUUCACCACAUGUCACUCAUAUAACGAUUCGUCGCUCACGGAUGUUAGAGGAUGGAUACGACCAGCUCCGCAGAUUACCAGCAAAUUCCAUUAAAGGCGUCAUUCGUGUCAAGUUUGUCAACGACCUGGGAGUAGACGAGGCUGGUAUCGAUCAGGACGGAGUGUUCAAAGAGUUUCUAGAGGAGAUCAUUAAAAAAGUGUUCAAUCCAGCUCUCAAUCUUUUCAAGACUACCAGUGGAAACGAAAGGCUGUAUCCUUCCCCAACAUCUUACAUCCAUGAGAACCAUUUGCAGCUAUUUGAGUUUGUGGGGAAGAUGCUCGGGAAAGCCAUUUAUGAGGGCAUCGUUGUGGAUGUCCCUUUUGCCUCCUUCUUCCUCAGUCAAGUCUUGGGUCACCACCACAGCACUUUCUACAGCUCCAUUGAUGAGCUGCCUUCGCUGGACUCUGAAUUUUACAAAAACCUCACUUCCAUCAAGCGCUACGAUGGAGAUGUAGGAGACCUAGGACUGUCGUUGUCCUACGACGAGGAUGUAAUGGGGCAGCUCGUCUGUCAUGAACUGAUACCUGGAGGGAAAACCAUGCCAGUCACCAACGAAAACAAGAUCAGCUACAUCCACCUGAUGGCUCACUUCCGGAUGCACACGCAGAUUAAGGAGCAAACGGCAGCUUUCAUCCGGGGCUUCCGCAGCAUCAUUAACUCGGAGUGGCUGCACAUGUUUUCCACCCCUGAGGUUCAGCGUCUUAUCUCAGGAGACAAUGCAGAGAUUGAUCUUGAUGAUCUCAAGAAGCAUACGGUCUACUAUGGAGGGUUUCACAGCAGCCACCGUGUCAUCAUCUGGCUGUGGGACAUCCUGUCCAGUGACUUCACCUCUGACGAGAGGGCUAUGUUCCUCAAAUUUGUUACAAGCUGCUCCAGGCCGCCUCUUUUAGGUUUUGCCUACCUCAAACCACCUUUCUCCAUCCGUUGUGUGGAAGUUUCAGAUGAUCAGGACACCGGAGACACCCUUGGCAGUGUUCUUAGGGGCUUUUUCACAAUCCGCAAGAAGGAACCCGGUGGUCGACUUCCCACUUCAUCAACAUGCUUUAACCUGCUCAAGUUGCCUAAUUAUAGCAAGAAGAGCAUCCUGCGUGACAAGCUGCGCUACGCCAUCAGUAUGAACACAGGGUUUGAGCUGUCCUAACUCCAUUGCACCGGGAGAUUUUUGCUGGAGGCUCGUGUUUUGCAGCCUGAGUUGAAAAAGAGGCUGGACAUACCUGGACUGGAGCCCGCCAAGUCAAAGGAGUAUCACUUAAACAAAGGGGGGAAGAUGAAGGACUUGCGAGGACUCUCCUUUUGUCUCUUUUUAAAACUGGACGAGGUCUGCUCUAAGUCAGCCCCCUCCUUUACAUCGAAGGGGAUGCUGUUUCUGCAGCACAAUCCAAUUUUUUAAGCAUCUUCAAUUUUGCCACUCCCAAAAUCCAAUAUGUUGUGAGUAUAUAACUAUAUACAGUUGCUGGAACUCUCAUUCUCAGGCAUAACAGAAUCACGCUUGGCUCAAACUCCCAUUUUCAGCAAACUGGAAAGCAAUACAGAUGCAAUGCAAACCAUUAUACACAUAGUCGAGUCACUUGAGUGAAAGAGGUUGUUACUUACAAGGUUGGACCCCAUUAUUUAAGCAACUUGAAUGGAAGACAAAUCAAUUUUUUGGGUUCAACCCUUCAUGAAGGAGGAGGGACUCACAGCAGAAGUCCUGUGUUGAUUACAUUAUGUUUCAUUUGGAUCUCACUCCAGUUCUUCUCACAAAACUGCUGCUCUCACUGCUGGGGGGCGGGGUUUACUUCAUUUGAUGACCUCUGCUUCAAUUCUGGUGCAGCAUCAGUGAUUGUUGACAAGAAAAAAAUAUUUGCAUCCUGCUGUUUUGAUUUAGAAAACAUUUCUCCGCUGUGAGCGUUUUUACUUUUUAGUAAAAAAACACUUGAAAUGUUUGGGCACUAACUUGUACCUGCCCCAGUAAAUCAUAGACAGCAGACAUCUGUCUAUUCCAGAAAAUGAAUCAACAAUGUUAGUCUUCAAACUUAAUAUUGGUAAAACCGUUUUCUAACUACAUCUUUUUGGAUAAUGAGUGCCUCAUAUAUUGCCACCGCGCUUUGCUCCCACGUGUUUGACUGUAACCAAUAACCAUCGGAAACAAGCCAUAAAAACCGGGCUAUGUACCUGGACUUAUACUUCUACUAACAAAAAAGCGCAGAAACCCAACAAUUACUACAACAAUAACAUCAACAACUGAGGAGGGUUUAGUACAAAAAAACUCCGAUCUCUGUGGACUUUUUGAGCCAUGCGGAAAGAAUUUGGGGUUUGAACACCUCAAAAUGAUGUCAUGGACUGUUUUUAUUUUCCCGUUAAUGGAAAUCUUGCAGAGAGUGACACAAGCGGGAGGGGGGCGGGGGUGUUCAUGAGCCUAAACAUUACUUAACACAGGGUUCAAUUAGAUCAUAAAGGAAGUCAGUCAUUCACAACUUCAACAGAAAGGGUUGAACAAUAUAUAUCAAAUCUUUAACAAGUUCUUUAUUAUGCAAAAAGGUUUUCUGUGAUGGGUGAGUAUGGAUACUUUUUAUUAGGCAACACCAGCUAUAGAACAUACUGGUCAUUGUUGCCAUGAUAUUAACUAGUAAUAACAUAGCCAUUAACUUGUGUAAAAACAAAGAUUAUAAUGAUAUGUAACACUAUUGAGUUUCCCUGCAGAAUACUAAUGAUAUUAAACUAUUUUCUGAUCAGACAAAUCAGUGAGAGGGAUUUAGCUACAGCUCCUUCUAAUCUAUUCCAGAGGAAACACUGCAAAUGGAUUUAAAUGACAUGCUUAGUGUGCAUGAGAGACGAAAGUUACCUCAAAAGCGUGUCUGUCUUGUGAUGAGGUCACUCAUCUGAUUUUAAAAUGAUGUCAAGAGUAGGCUAGACUUUAAGUGUACCUUUGGGCUGCUGAUGCCGACCGUUAACUAUCUGCUCUUUUACUACAAAAACUAAUAAAAAUGACCCUGGAAAUGUUUCAACUUCCUAUUCAAGUUUUCAUCUUUUCUUCAGUGUCUUUGGGACUGCACUACAGUACCGUGUAGUGUUGUGAACAAAAGAAAGUGUCUCCCAUGUAAGAUUUGUCAAUGUAAUGUUAAAUCAUAUAUACCAUGUAUUAUAUAAAUCAUUUGCUUUGAAUCCUGUGUUUUUCUUCUUGGAGCAGUGUUUUUAGGAUUGCUCCUUAUUGGAACUUGGCUGAUACUUGAUCGACCUAUUUGAGUCUGCAUCAGUUAUAAUGGGUACAGAGUUCAAUUCUAACUUUAUAUUUACAUAUUACACUGGAAUUUUAAUUCCUGUUCAAGUUUUGGAAAAUGUGUUGCUCCAUUUAUAUGUGCAGCCUUGAAUGGCGAUUUCGUUUCAUUUUGAAUAUUGUAUUUUCAAAAUUGUGUUGCCUUUGGUGUACAAUUUAUUAUUUGAAUAAUAAAUACCAAUUCAGGACAUUUAU